AUGUCAUUUUCAAGAUUACCAUAUUAUAUUCAAGAUGAUAUAUUGGAUAAAUAUAUUGAAGGUUGUGAAUUUCAAGUGGAAGAGGUUGCAAUUAUAAAUGCAAACAUCUAUGGUGAAACUACAAAACUAUUAUUGUUAAAGGAUGCAAUUACCAAUUACAACAAAGAAAGAGAGGACGAGGAGGAGGAAGAGGAAGAGGAGGAGAAGGAGAAGAAGUUGAAGCCAUUGAAAGUGACCGAUAUAUUACCGAUUAUCAAAAGAAUAACAUUUAAUCAUCCACUGGAAAAGGAAGCACAAGUCAAGGAUAUGCUUACAAAAGACUAUGGUCACUUGUUGCAUUGUAUCGAACAACUUACCAUACGUGCAUCAAUGGGACAUAAUAAUAAUAUGGUACACUUUUCUCAUCUUUGUACAUUGGUACUUAGCGUCAAUAUUGAUAAGGAUUUGGUCGAGUUGGUCAAGUCCCAUGCCAAUACAUUACGGAAAUUGGUGUUUUAUGAUAUCCCUGGAGGAACCGAUCAGUGUAUGCAAACGGUUCUGUCCUAUGGACCUUUACAAGACAACCUAGAGGGAUUAAUUAUACCACAAAUCCCCAGAUGUCUGAUGCAGCUAUUAUCCAAAUUCAAGCGGUUGAAAAGGUUAAACUUGUCUGGUGUCAGCCAUGAAUGGAUUGCGGGAGAUGGUUUCAAAGCAUACAAUGAGUUGCUCCAAAACUCUAGCCUUUGUAUCCUCCGAGAUGCUACUGCAUUUUUACAUCCAGACUUUGUUUCAACCAUAAAGUCUCACCCAUCGAUUCGCCAUUGGGAUUUUAAAUGCCACGCCAACUUUUUACCACCAUCUGCACAAUUGGAAUUAUGCAAUCAUGUCGAAUCGGUUUCCAUGAACAUCCUCAAAGUAAAUAUUUCUUUUGGGGGUUCAUAUUCUCUGAGCAAGUUGACAUCGCUCUGUUUGACCGUUUCAUAUCCUGGAAUGUUGGAUAGUGUCGGUAGAAUCCUUGUAGAAAGUCCAUGUCUAUCGAGUUUGGAUACACUCUUUUCAUUUCAAAUCAAAGUGCCCAAAUCCUUUUCAGAUUGCUUGAUGCAAAGCAAGACUCUCUCCAAUCUUUGUUUUGGUGCACCUUACGAAGAAGGGUCACUAUUUUCUAAAUUUAUGGAUGAUCCUCUUGCAUUUGACCAAUACCUCAGAGAAAGCAAACCACUAUUCAAAUUUAAACUUCGACAAAAGAUACCUGCACCUUGUCCUAAUCUUGUUAGUCUUACCGAUAACCUCAAGAAUCGAUUGGGUGAUCAAUUUGAUUGUACCAUAAAGAAACCAUCUCUACCAUUUCACAAUGUUUAUGAAUUACAAUUAGUUUUCUAUAAAAAGCAUAAUUAUAAAUAA